AUGAACAUUCCUGUUUCAUCCAUCAACAACCCAACUGCCCGUGAGCAAUACAAACGCCUGAGGGAAAUGGACGCCUUGGAGCUGAACCCGGAUAGUGAGGGGGCUCCUAGCAAUGAAAAGCAAGAACUCAUGAUGGGGAUUUGGAUCAAAAUUGAGACUGUCAAAAUCUCCAGAAUGGACACAGAGAACACUGUCAACAAGAGUUAUAUUCUGAAUGCAAUACAUCCCUGCUAUGAAUUAGACAACGAAACCUAUACAUUUAAGCAAAACCCUUCCGUUAUGUGUGUACUAUUGUAUAUGUUCCUUGGUUCAUUAUGUGUUGUCACUGUAUGUGGAAACCUUCUUGUUAUAAUCUCCAUAUUCUAUUUUAGACAGCUGCACACCCCUACUAACUACCUCAUUCUCUCCCUGGCUAUUGCUGAUCUUCUGGUUGGAGUUUUAGUUUUCCCUUCCAGUAUGGUUUUCACUGUAAGCUCAUGUUUGUUUCAUGAAGAUUUAUUCUGCAAAGUAAGAGACAGUUUUGAUGUAACACUAUGCACAUCGUCUAUUCUGAACUUGUGUUUUAUUUCCAUAGAUAGAUACUAUGCAGUGUGUCAGCCUUUGACAUACAGAGCAAAAAUAAAUGCUCAAGUAACUGUGGUUAUGAUCCUGGUGAGCUGGGGUGUCUCUGUUCUGAUUGGAAUCGGUAUCACACUUGCAGGAUUUAGCCAAGGUACAUGUGAGGAAAUGUGCUCAGUUGAUACUAUAGUGGCAAACACUAUGGGACCUGUUUUCUCAUUUUACUUUCCAGCUGUCAUAAUGCUCUGUAUUUACUUCAAGAUUUUUCUUGUUGCACAGCAACAGGCAAAGAGCAUCCAGACCACAAACUGUCACAAUAGUUUGGGAGCGACUGUUAGUAAGAUGGAGAGAAAAGCUACCAAGACUUUGGCUAUCGUAAUGGGAGUUUUUCUUCUAUGUCUAACACCUUACUUUAUUUGUGUGGUUUUUCUGCCUUUAUCUAACAAUCCCCCUCCAGUCCCUGUGAUUGAAGCUUUGAACUGGCUUACACUGUCUAAUUCAAUGCUAAAUCCUUUGAUUUAUGCUUUCUUUUACAGCUGGUUUAGCAGUGGUGUAGAUUCUUCAAUCAGGAAGGGUAACAAGCAGCAACAAACGGAGGAGUACUUUCUGGAAAGGGCCAUUGACCUCCUAAACACAGGGCAGGAGGUGGACAACUCUGACCGGAUGGGAAGUUCCAGGGGUCCAGGCCCAGCUCCCGCCAGUCAGUGGCAGUUUGUCCGGCACAGGCCCCGUGCCCACCAGACAACAUGGCCAUUUGAGUCCUGUUUCCCAGCCAUCACCCCCUACUAG